GAAUCACGGAGAGAGAAUUUAAUGUGUUUUUCCUGGAUUUACAGGCUUUUGUUUGAGUUCCUCUUUCUGUGGAUUUAUACCUGAUUUCCUGCAGAUAUUCUGGAUUUAUUUAGUUGGAUUCGAGCUUAAUCUUCCCUUUGUGGUCUUCUGCAAAAUGUCGGACAGAACAAUGGCGCGGCAAGUACUGCUGUUGAUUUGGUUUCUCUCUCUCAGUUCAGCUCUCGGGCAGGUCAGUUACUCCAUUCCUGAGGAAAUGGCGAAAGGCUCUUUAGUCGGUAACAUAGCGCAGGAUUUGGGUUUAGAUUUAAAGAGACUGAAAUCGGGUAAAGCCCGUAUUUAUACCGGAGACAGCGCUGAAUACAUCGAGCUGAAUAAAGAAAGAGGAGUCCUCCUUAUCAAAGAGAGAAUAGACCGAGAGGCGCUAUGCGGACAGACAACGCCUUGCGCACUACAUUUCCAGAUUAUUCUGGAGAACCCGAUGGAGUUUUACUCUGUUACAGUCGAAGUUACAGAUGUAAAUGACCAUUCGCCCUCUUUUAAAAGGGCCGAGAUUAAAUUUAGAAUCAGUGAGUCGGCUGUAACUGGGGCUGUUUUUGUUUUAGAGAGAGCGAUGGACUUGGACGUUGGAAUAAAUGGCCUGCAGACAUAUUCAUUAAAGCCAACAGAUAAUUUUGCAUUAAAAUUACAAAGUCAGCCAGACGGCAGUAAGAUCGUUGAAAUGGUUCUUCAAAAACCUCUCGAUCGUGAAAAGCAGGAGCAUUUGUCUCUGGUUCUGACCGCGAUAGAUGGAGGUGAUCCACAGUUGUCUGGUACUGCGCAGAUACACAUCACCGUUUUAGAUGUAAACGACAACGCGCCUGUUUUUACGCGUAAAAUAUAUAAAGCGAGUGUAAUAGAAAACGCUCUUAAAGGUACACUUUUAACGACAGUAAGUGCUUCUGAUAUGGACGAGGGCUCAAAUGGCAAAAUAAACUAUUCUAUUACUAAUACUCAAGACGAUGUUCCGGAAUUGUUUGUAAUUAAUGAAUCAAACGGUGAGGUGAAGAUCACAGGGAGUUUAAAUUACGAGAAAGCUCGUCAUUAUCAAAUUCAUGUACAGGCGAGCGAUGACGGGGGUUUGACUGAUUCGUGUAAAAUAGAUGUAGAUGUGAUUGAUAUAAAUGAUAAUAAGCCGACCAUCAGCAUAAUGUCAAAACUAACCAUUUUAUCAGAGGACUCAAAAUCCGGCACCGUUGUGAUCUAUGCUGAAUGUUCAAGAUUCCGAUUCUGGUGAAAAUGGAAAGGUCCAAUGUUUUAUUAAUGAUAAUAUUCCUUUUACCCUCAAAUCAAACACGAAUAAUUUCUUCAGUUUAGUCACAGACGGUGAUUUAGAUCGGGA